AUGACGGCGGAAACGAUGAAACCGUUCCUGAGCCUGCCAAACGCCACGGCAGCUGAUCUGAAAGCGCAUUGUGCACAGAAAUCCAUCGCCAAGCGCUGUUUGGUUGCGCUGGAAUGCAUUCUGGUUGUGGCGUUUUGCUGCACGCUCGUCGGUGUGCAGAUCUGGCAUCUGAACAAGACGACCGCACUGCAACGGGAAGUCGACGACCUGAAGCUGCAGCUGUACCUACGGUCCAGCGAAUUCAACGAUUACGAGCUCGAGAACGAAUUGUUCAAUCCUGUGUUUGAGUACGAAACCGGAUACGAAACGGACCUGGACCAGGAAGUGACCGCCGACGGUCGAUCAGGUCAGAGUACGAGCGAACAGCUGGACACCAGCAGUGGCAUGCCCGGUGAGGAUGAUGACGACGAGGAUACCGACGAGCUCGAGGACCUUGUGGCCAUCGAGCGAUUGAGCAACGAGCGUACCGGCGAGGAGGACCUCAGUUUCGAUGACACUGUGGACAUGGGAGUGGUGGCUGGAGUGGCCGGGGGCAAACGAAGGGCACGGUCCAUUUCCGGUGUAACCCGGCAGGGCGUCCCAAUCGUCGACGAACCGUAUGUUCCGCGGCGGAACCGAACGCGACAUCCGCACCGGAUCUACGAGCAACUGCGCCAGCGACCGGAAGAACUGGUCACACCACCGACUUCGGGCGAAAAGUUCCGCUGGGAUGUCGAGGGCCGGAAAGCUCACCCAGCUCAGCCCCAGGAGCAGUCGUACGGUUCUAUCAGCAUCCGGCCGUAUCAGCAUGAGUCACAUGUCCUUCGAGAACAUCACAGUACCACACCGAUGCCGACGUAUGGAUCACCUUCCGUCUCGAGACAUCACCUACGCAACGAGCUCAACGCUCGAAAUCCCACGAAACCACCGGCACAAAUAUUGAACCGAAUGAGUCGCGUCCAGUCGACGAGUGGAAAAAUGCGAGAAGAGCUUCAGCAGGCACCGGUCAGAUUUCCCAAGGUGGUCGGCAAUCCUGGAACGCAAAAGGAGAUCGUAAUGGCACCGGAAUCGCGUGUCCGGCUACGUCAUCGUAAAGCGGGAGCUGUCCAGCAUUCUGGCGAACCCGUCGCCAAGGGUGUACACCUGGUGAAGUCCUCGAGCGGGUCGUAUCAUCGGAACACACGUCACCGGGGUUGGGUUGCAAAGGACGAAUACAACCGUCAGGCGAUUGCGUCUCGCAGUUUCGGAUUCGAUGGCGAUGAGCUGACCGUCAAGGAACCCGGUCUGUACUACAUCUACGCGCAGGUCACCUACGACAACGAGUUCGACGUAAACGGCUACAAGGUGCUGGUCGAUGGCCAGAAACAUCUCUCCUGUACCGUACACGCUAAGGGUGAGAAUACGAACGCCUGCUUCACGGCAGGACUAGCCGAAAUCACGAACACCGGCACGCGCAUCGCCAUCGAGGACGUCGACCACGACCGGAACCACGUCAUGUACCCGGAAAAGACGUUCUUCGGUGUGUUCAAGGUUGGCCGAUUGCCUCCACCCUCCGGUCUGAACCACCGCAUGGCCCGGAAGGUGGGCUAAAAGCUUGCAGUCGAGCUGCAUUUGGCAUGUGUACCUGUAGAGACAUGUAGGAAAAGCGAGAGAGAGAGAGAGAGAGAGAGAGAGAGAGAGCGAAAGAAAACGAGGGAAACAGAAAGAAGGUGUAGUAAGGAUCACCGAAAACCGAAAGGGAAAUGGUGUGAGCAUUUUUCGACCGCCAUUAUUAUACACUUUAUUGUACCGAGGCGGAGGAAAAACGAAACCCCGUACAGCAAAUUGUGCAUCGGAGUAUUUAUUUACGUCUAUUUUUUUUAUUCUUUCGUUUGUUUGUUUGAUGCUCCUCUUCUUGUACUAAAACCCUCCCACUAUUGUUAAGCACCGCGGCAUUAUAAUAUUGUAUCACUGUGUUUGCAUAACUAUGUUGUAAAGCAAGCUCCGUGCUGUCGUCUUUCUCAGAAGGGUGCUUCUCUCCCUUGCCUUCCCCACCCACCACCCAUCGCGAGGACACUCCCCCAACUUGUAUCGCACGGACGAAAACGGGCGAAGCGGCACCGAAACGGUUUGUGAUAAUUUAAUAGCGCGUGCUCGCGUGCCGGGCAUCAGAUCGGUUCGGGGAGUGGAUUGCAUCGAGUGGAUGCAAUUUGAUAGCGCAGGCAUGAAUACUCAUGGAAACAGGGCGUGGGAGAGAAAGAGAGAGAGAGAGAGAGAGAGAGAGAGAGAAAGAAGGAGAUAGCUAGGAGCUAAAACCAAUAAAAAAAACGCAUAACAAAAGUUUUCUAAAUAAAGACGUACCAUCGA